GUGUACGGAUACAGCUAUAAAAUGUGUAUGGUUACAGUUUAUGAUUGAUGUGCACCCCUUUCUUCAUCUCUCCCAAGUCCAGAACGCUGCAAUCCCCCCACUAAUUCUAUUAUUAAUCCCACCCCCUCCAUAUGUCUCUGUCUCACCAUCAGCCCUGGGAUGGGAUUGGAACAGCGACAGUCCUUUGUUCCUGGCCACCCGAACCAAAUUACUCUCAAAUUACUUCUGUUUUCCUUUCUCCCUCUCUUGUCCCUGUUCACUCUGUGUCUCUGUGUGUGUGCGUGUGUGUGUGUGUGUGUGUGGGUAUCUCCCCCUUCCUCUCUCGCUCUCUCUGUCUCUCUUUCCAUCUCUUUUUCCAUCUCUCUCUCUCUCUCUCCCUCUCUCUCUCUCUCCCUCUCUCUCUCUCUCGCUCUCUCUGUCUGUCUCGCUCACUGUCUGUCUCUUUCUCUCUUUCUGUCUCUUUCAAUCGGUCUCUUUCUCUCUGUCUCUCUCUCUCUCUCUCUCUCUCUCUCUCUCUCGCUCUCUCUCUCUCUCGCUCUCUCUGUCUGUCUCGCUCUCUGUCUGUCUCUUUCUCUCUCUCUGUCUCUUUCAAUCGGUCUCUUUCUCUCUCUCUCUGUCUCUCUCUCUGUCUCUCUGUCUCUCUCUCUCUCUCUCUCUCUCUGUGUCUCUUUCUCUUUCUCUCUCUCUGUCUCUCAAGGCUCAGGACUUUUACGUGGAGAUGAAAUGGGAGUUUACAAGCUGGGUGCCGCUGGUGUCUCGUAUCUGUCCCAGUGACACAUACCGCGUGUGGAAGAGUGGCCAGUGUCUGCGCGUAGACACCACUCUCAUGGGCUUUGAUCAGAUGACCUGGCAGAGAGGAAACCGAAGCUUCAUCUUCCGGGGUCAAGACUCCAGUGCGGUGGUGAUGGAGGUGGACCACGACAGACAGCUGGUGUUCUGUGAGACCCUGUGUGUGUCCUCUCUGACGUCUCCCACCUCACAGCGGGGCACUGCCGGCCUGGGCCUCCUGGGGGCACUACAGCCCAGUGGGGAGCAGGUGGUAGCCCGCCUCUCCGCCCCCGUGGUCACCACCCAGCUAGACACCAAAAAUAUCACCUUCGAGAGGAAUAAGACUGGCAUCCUAAGCUGGCGCAGUGAGAAGAACGAGAUGGUGAACGGGUAUGAGGCUAAGGUGUAUGGCGCCUCCAAUGUGGAACUGAUCACUCGAACCCGAACGGACCAUCUCAGUGAGCCACUCAAGGCGAAGCCCAAAGUCGGUAAGACGCCCCUGCAAAACUUCCUAGGGAUCGCCGAGCAACACAUGGGGCCCAACAAUGGGGCCCUAGUGACUCAGAUGUCAUGUCCUGCCGUGACCAACCCCACAGCCCUGACAGCCGAGGAGUACUUCAAUCCCAACCUGCCCCUGGGCACCCGGGAUAUUGGCCACCCCUGUCAACUCACCACCAAGACUCAGAGGUUCAAGGCUAAGCUGUGGCUGUGUGAGGCCCAUCCUCUGUCCCUAGCGGAGCAGGUGGCACCCAUCAUUGACCUCAUGGCCAUCUCCAAUGCUCUCUUCGCCAAGCUCAGGGAUUUCAUUACCCUGCGACUGCCACCUGGCUUCCCCGUCAAGAUCGAAAUUCCCAUCUAUCACAUCCUGAAUGCCCGGAUCACCUUUGGGAACCUGAACGGGUGUGAGGACGGGUCGGUGACAGGGCCGGGCAGGGUGGAGGGGGAGGUGGAUGGACAGAAGGACAGCAGCCCCAGGACUGACACAGACACCCCCUCCCCAGGCAGUGACUCUUCUAGUGUCUCCAGCUCCAGCUCCACAACGUCGUGUCGUGGAGGGGAGAUCCCCCCAUGUGUGUUCGAGCCCCCUCAGGGUUACACUGUGCUGGGAGGCAACCAGAGGGACAACAACAUGCGUGGUGAUGAGGAGGAGGAUCUGCUGCAGUUUGCCAUCCAACAGAGUCUGCUGGAGGCUGGCUCGGAGUACGACCAGGUGACUAUCUGGGAGGCGCUGACCAACAGCAAGCCCAGCACACGUACUCUUCCCUGUGACCCCAGUCGCCUGCAAAGGACUCCCCAGCACAGGCCUUGCCCUCCAGCCAGCCUCUGUAACACGCCCACCAAGAAGCCCCCCACAACCUGCAGCUACGACCAGCAGCUCCGCCUGGCAAUGGAAAUGUCGGCGCGGGAGCAGGCAGAGGCCGAGCUACGGCGACGGCAAGAAGAGGAGGAGCUGCAGCGGAUCAUCCAACUGUCACUCUUGGAGAAAUGAGAGCCUGAUUGGCCAGAUGGGCUCUAUGAGGACAAUGACCCAACACACCUCCAGGCUGUGUAAGGGCUAUUUGACCAAGAAGGAGAGUGAUGGAAUGCUGCAUCAGAUGACCUGGCCUCCACGAUCACCAGGCCUCAACCCAAUUGAGAUGGUUUGGACCGCAGAGUGAGGGAAAGCAACCAUCUCAGUGCUCAGCAUACGUGGGAACUCCUUCAAGACUGUUGGAAAAGCAUUCCAGGUGAAGAGUAUUGAGAGAAUGCCAAGUGUGUGCAAAGCUGUCAUCAAGGCAAAGGGUGGCUACUUUGAAGAAUCUCAAAUAUAUAAUAUAUUUUGAGUUGUUUAACACUUUUUUGGUUAUGACAUGAUUCAAUAUGUUCUUUCAUAGUUGAUGUCUUCUAUUAUUAUACAAUGUAGAAAAUAGUAAAAAUAAAGAAAAACCCUUCAA